CUGCGAGUCUUUUAGAAUAAAAGUCCCAUGUCGAGUUGAGUUGAACGUCAAAGCGAGGGGAAGACUUCUAAGUUAGUUAGGGGUCUGUUUACUCUACCCUCUUAUAUUAACUUUCCAUCACGUACACGAAAAACGACAAGGGAAUUUUUUGGUUAUUUAUUAUUGAUAUGACAGCUGUAAUGUGGAUGUGGAAUUUCACAUCAGCUCUCUGUUGUUAAUUUGUAUUUGUUGCUAGGUCGAGUCUCGUUUUUAUUAAAUCGUGAUCAAAAUUUUCUAAGGUGUUCUCCAACAGACGGUUUUAAAUAAAUGCAGUGCUGAACAGACAGAGGAUAUUAUUAUCAUCCUACAAGAUGAAUCUACUCUUUUCUCUAUUACAUGACACAUUCUGCACAUAGACAUCAUACAAGCCUCACCCAAAACCAGCCAGUGGUAUAAAAGUAAGCACUGCAUUGUUCUAUCUAGACAAUUACACUGAGAAAAUGAGCAUCAAAAGCUUACAGAUUACAAAGCAGGCAAAAUCUUUUGAAGUGAACUAAAGAGCUGGAUUAUCUUUGUUUCCUUUCUAACCAAACAAAUCUACAAUGGCAAGCGGUGAUUCAAAGGGGGAAAUUUGCACAGUUGGAGAUAUUUAUAUAUUCACAGUGAAUGUAAGUGAGUUUGCACCAGAAGAAGUUAUUGUAACCUCCACCAAUAAUUCAAUACAAGUCUGUGCAGAAAAGUUGGCAUCAGAUGGCACAAUUAUGGACACUGUUUGUCAGAAGUGCCAAUUCCCUGCUGAUGUGGAUCCAAUGUCAGUCACAUCUUCUCUAGGGAAAGAUGGUUUGUUGAGUAUUAAAGCUCAAAAACAAACAGCAAAAGGCCCGCUAAUCACGGAUUCAAUCAAAGAAGUGAAGACCUAAUGCAUGGAUGUAUGUUUGAGCAUUUUAGGAACUUGAAUCUGUUUUCCCCUUUAAAUUGUGGUAAUUUAAAUCACAUAAUUUAGGUUAUUUACCAAAAACAAAAAAUGUUAUAAGGUUUUUGACUUCAAUGUAUAUAAUCUGUGGCCUAUGAAUAUAUGCAUAUAACAAUAUUUUUGUUGCAGCUGUACUUAAACAAGAAGCAGACUCAUUUGAGACUUUUUUAUUAUUAUUUUUAUUCACCAUUUAAAAGACUAUUUCUUGACUCACAGAUAUUUGUACUUGUCAUUGGACUGAAAUGGCUAAUAAACUUAUUGGGUAUUCAGUGCA